GUUUCUCUGUCCUUCUUUUUUUAAGGAAUGAUCCAAGCCUUGGGUGGGUUCUUCACCUACUUUGUGAUCCUGGCAGAGAACGGUUUUCUUCCCAUGAAGCUGCUGGGUAUCCGCCUGCAGUGGGACGAUCGAAACAAGAAUGACGUGGAGGACAGCUACGGCCAAGAGUGGACGUACGAACAGCGUAAAGUGGUGGAGUUCACGUGCCACACCGCAUUUUUCGCCAGCAUUGUGGUGGUGCAGUGGGCCGACUUGAUCAUCUGCAAGACCCGCCGAAACUCGGUGUUCCAGCAGGGAAUGAGGAAUAAGAUCUUGAUUUUUGGAUUGUUUGAGGAGACCGCCUUAGCAGCAUUCCUCUCGUAUUGCCCUGGCAUGGAUGUGGCGCUGCGCAUGUACCCACUGAAGAUUACCUGGUGGUUCUGCGCCUUCCCCUACAGCCUCCUCAUCUUCAUUUAUGAUGAAGUCCGAAAGUUCAUCCUUCGUAGAAAUCCAGGAGGCUGGAUUGAAAAGGAGACGUACUAUUAACAGAUAAGAGGCUGACCUACUGAGAACUCACAAGUGUUACUGCGGAGGAGCAGAAGUCUGAAGUAUUAUUUUAAAAGUUGCUUUAAAAGGUCCGACUCAGAGUCAGAGUCCGACUCGGCCUCCUGUCACCCUCUCCAUGUGUCCCCAAUGUCCACACCCCCCUCCAAGGUCACAUUUCCCUGCAUCAUUUAGAGAGUCAUAUAAUUCAAAAGAAGAAGAAGAAAGUCAGUAUUAACAUUUUCACUUGAUUGUUAUUUAGGAUAAUUUAUUAUUAUUUUUUUAGAUCAAAGAUUUUUAGAAAAUAAUUAUUUAAUAACAAAGUCCAUUGAAUAUCAUCAGCUAAUAAAAAUGAAAUCUAAGACA